UAGCAGACGCACUUCAGGCAGGCAUCUCCUUAUACAAGCGUUUGGUGUAAUCAGUCUACGCGAAUCAUCGUAUACUAAACAAUCGCCACCAAACGGCCCACGGUGAAAGUGUUGUAAACAUCAGCAAAUUUCGAAUGCGCCUUUCACUCGGCCUCGUAUUGCCAAUUGGUGCCUGCAUUCGCGCAACAGUUCUCCAGCAGCAUCACUGUCAGUGGGCUGCAGCAACAACACACUGGCUCUGGAGGUUAAGCAGCACGCACGCCGCCGCCUCAGUUGGACCGAGAGUUGCCGAAAAAAACAAGCCUGUUUGGGGCAGUACAAAGAAGCAUCGUAACGUCAAGUUGAAAAUUUUUCUCGACAUGACGGACCCCGACAUUGAAAAGGAAUUGGCACCUUUGCGCGCGAGUGUGAAACAACAGGGAGAUUUGGUUCGACAACUAAAAGCAAGCGGAGCACCAGAGCUCGAUAUCAAAAAAGCUGUGGCUGAACUGAAACUCAGAAAAAAGUUAUUAGAAGAUAAAGAACUUUCUUUGACUCCUGACUCCGCUAAUUUUGAUAGAGCUAAAAUGGAAGAUCUUUUGAAGCGCAGAUUUUUCUAUGAUCAGUCAUUUGCUAUCUAUGGAGGUAUCACCGGCCAAUAUGACUUUGGACCAAUGGGUUGUGCUUUCAAAGCUAAUCUUUUGAGUACUUGGAGAAAGUUUUUCGUUUUAGAAGAACAAAUGUUAGAAGUUGAUUGUUCUAUACUUACUCCAGAACCUGUUUUAAAAGCAUCUGGACACGUUGAAAGAUUUGCAGACCUUAUGGUUAAAGAUGUUAAAAAUGGUGAAUGCUUCAGAUUAGAUCAUUUGAUUAAAGCACAUUUGGAAAAAUUGUGUUCCGAUAAAAAGGCAACAGAAAAUAUCAAAAAAGAAUGUGAAGAUAUUAUAAUAAAACUAGAUGGCAUGAACAAAGAAGAAAUGGGUCAUGUUAUUAAAAAGUAUAAUAUGAAAUCACCUAUUACUGGUAAUGAUCUUACUGAACCUAUUGAAUUCAAUUUAAUGUUCGGAACUCAAAUUGGCCCAACAGGUUUAAUCAAAGGUUUCUUGAGACCAGAAACUGCCCAAGGAAUAUUUGUCAACUUUAAACGAUUACUUGAAUUCAAUCAAGAAAGAUUACCUUUUGCUGCUGCUCAAAUUGGUAAUUCAUUUAGGAAUGAAAUUUCUCCAAGAUCUGGUCUGAUCAGAGUUAGAGAAUUCACAAUGGCUGAAAUAGAACACUUCUGUGACCCUAGCGAUAAAAGCCAUUCUAAAUUUGAAUCAGUUGCAGACACAACUUUACUUUUGUAUUCAGCAUGUAAUCAAAUGGAUGGUAAAAGUGCUGAGCGAAAAACCAUUGGUAAAGCUGUAAAAAGUGGACUUGUUGCUAAUGAAACAUUAGGAUAUUUUAUGGCUAGAAUACAGAAAUUCCUCGUAACAGUUGGUAUUGAUCCUCAAAGACUAAGGUUUAGACAGCAUAUGGGAAAUGAAAUGGCUCAUUAUGCAUGUGAUUGUUGGGACGCAGAGUGCUUAACAUCAUACGGCUGGGUUGAAUGUGUUGGAUGUGCUGACAGGUCAGCUUAUGAUUUAACACAACAUGCAAAAGCUACAGGAGUCAAGUUGGUUGCAGAAAAGAAAUUAGCUCAACCUAAAACUAUUGACGUUGUUGAAGUAGUUCCAAAUCGUGGUUUAAUAGGAAAAGCUUUUAGAAAAGAUGCUAAACGAGUAUUGGAUGCUCUGGCCGCAGUUCCUGAAAAUAAAUUAAAUGAAUUUGAAAAAAUAAUUAGCGAAAAUGGAGAGUACAAUAUUGAAGAGCAAGACUUUACAGCUAAGGUUACCAAGGAUAUGGUAACAGUGAAACGUUAUCAGAAAACCCUUCAUGUUGAAGAAUUUGUUCCAUCUGUCAUUGAACCUUCUUUUGGUAUUGGAAGAAUUAUGUAUGCUGCUUUUGAGCACAAUUUCAAAGGCAGAGAAGGAGAUGAGCAGAGGAAAUAUUUCAGUUUACCUCCAGUUGUCGCACCUCUAAAGUGCUCAGUUUUGCCUCUCAGUAGCAAUGCUGAAUUUGCCCCAUUUGUCAAAAAAUUAUCCCAAGAGCUUACUAAAGUUGAUGUGUCUCACAAAGUCGACGACUCAUCAGGAAGUAUUGGACGUCGUUAUGCGAGAACUGAUGAGAUCGCAAUUCCAUUUGGUAUCACUAUUGACUUUGAUUCGUUGAAAGAGCCUCACAGUGCAACUUUAAGAGAAAGAGACAACAUGAGCCAAGUCAGAAUUAAGCUUGAUGAAUUGCCAGCAAUCGUCAGAGACUUAUCAUUGGGAAAAAUGCAAUGGUCUGAAGUCGAGGCCAAGUAUCCAAAAUUCGAGCAACAAGAAUCCUCAGAAACUCAAUAAAAUCAUGCAUCAAUAGAUGUAGAGUAUAUUGACUAUCAUGAUCAUAAAAAUUCGACUUGUGUAAACAAACUAAAAGCUGUACUUUAAAAGUGCAUUUAUACAAUAAAUCUUGUUAAGUAUCAAAA